CCAGAAAGGGGCAGCAACAAUCUGGAUAUUCCCUAUUCCUGAGUCCUUUGCGGCAGUCGCUCAGGUCGUGAUGCGAUGCUGCUCCUUCCCUGAACCAUGAUAUAUUGCCAGAACAGGAAGCUUCGCAGCAUCAAGUCUGGGAAGUCAGUACUCAUGGGUAGAAGGGUAUAAGAACCCACCUGUUUUCCCUUCCUGUAGCUCUUCUUCUUUUCCUCCUUCAACACCUUCUGGUUCGUCCUGGCGCGCAUAUCGUAUUGCAUUCGCAUACCGUUUCGCAUCGUCCUCCACCGCUUUAGCUCUCGCAAGCUUCUUUUACCCUCUCCUCUCCGCUGUACCUCUGGUACAUCCUUUUUUCCUCCCAGACGGUUACUUGGUCCGCUGUCACGAUGUCAGCACCUCGUUUCCCCAGCCGUCUUCCGCGGCGUAUUGGGGACCGGUCCGCCGGUCUUCCUGCCUGCGGUGUCAAUUCUGCUAUGCAGCAGCGUGAUCGCCAGUUCCGCCGCCUUCACAGCUGUUUGCACCCGGCGAAUCCUCCUCCUCCGCCCCCUCCCGUGGAUCGAUCGAACCUGACGGUUCAUCGUCCCUUCCUCCGAGUCUACUCUGGUGACCAGCAGCGUCGCGAGGAGCAGCCUGCCAAGAUUCCUCGCUCCUCAUCCCCCCCGACGUCAAAGGUGCCAAUGACUCGGCCCUCUCGCCUUCCUGUCCGCUCUGCCGACUCUCCUGUCCGGUCCUCGAUCCGAGAGGAUGUGGCUGCCCGUCCCUUUAUUCGCCGUACGCAGCGUAUUGAGGAACGGCCCGAUCCUGUGCCUCGCUUGUCAACUUUCCAGAGGUCACAGAUGCCCGUCUCUCGGCUUCCGAGACUGCACCGCCCCCAAAGCCGACCUGCCGACCCCCCUACUCGUCCUCUGGAUCAGCAGAACUUGACCGUACGCCGUUCUGUCUUCCGCAGCUCGUCCAAGCUUGCACCUAGAGUGCCUGUUCGUCCUGCGCCACGGCAUUCUGCUGUUCCCUCUGACGAGUCCCGACCCCGACCGGAUAUAGUGGCCCGUCGUGCACUAGAUCCCCAGUCCUCGGCUUCCCGACGUGCAGUUCCCCAGGAAUCGGCCCGUGUCUUCGAGCUCAGUCUCGCGGAACGCAGAGCAGCUCGAGAAGCCCGACCUCGACCUUGGUCGCAGGAAGGUAAGUCGUCCCUUCCAAAGGGAUCGUUCUCGACUCUUCGCCAACCGGUCUCGACGUCGUCGAAUGACCCCAAUUCGGUAUCUGCCCGUGCUCGCCGACUCAUCGCAUCAAUCCGCUCGGUUCUUGGCAAACCGGCACUCUCGAAAGAGGAUGCCAGUGGAAGCAAGGACAAGGGGACGAAGUGUGUACGGUUCGGUGGUGUCACGGUCAAGACCGUUUCGAGGUGGAUCGACCCGAACAAGCACGUGUUCGAGGGCCUUGUCUGAAUCCCCCGAGGAUUACAAGGAUGGAAGGUGAGAGUGUAAGGUAAGUAUAAAGGUAGGUGCCCCCCUCCCCCAAAACGAAAAGAGCUGGGAAUCAAGGUAUUGCUGGCCACUUUAUCUUGUUUCCAAGCACCAAAAAAAGUUGAAAAGACAAAAUCAUCCUAAAGAAUCUCGGGCGAGAAGCCCAUUUUGUUGUCAUGUAUCCAUAACCGUGCAUGUAUUAUAUUCCUGCAUGUAUUACCCUUUGGUUGGCUCUGGUCUCUCUCCGGAGAGGUCAUCCAGGUACUGCUGACGUUGUAUAGGUCGUCCCGCACGUGUCCUUGUCUCACCGGAGACGUCGGUAUGGUGGCGCGCUCGAUGCGCUUUCCAGGUGAGUAUCUUGAACAUCAAGAAACAAAUUUAUGCUGAUCACAUUAGGACAUCUCAACGGGGCUCCCUACAGGGUAUAAGGACGUAUCCCGUACGCGGGGGU